CAUCAAACCCCAUUCCCCUCCCAUUUCGUCAAAUCUUUCUCCAGAUCAGUCUCUCUCCGGACUCCCAGCAGUUCCACUGAUACUACUAGCAAUUAAACCCUAUUUAGCGCGAUUGACAAAGAAACAGAAGAACAAAGCUGCAAGGAGUUAGGAGAGAGAGCGGGAGCAAUUAACGCCGUUCCUUUCGCCGAAUAUCCGUUGCAGCCUGCAGCCGAGUGACGGUGAACAGCUGCCCAAUCGGCAGCCGGAAGACGGUCACGACUCCAGGUCGUGCCUCUUAGUAUCAAAACCAGCUGUAGCAAGCAGCAGCGGGAGCGUCCCGCAAGAUUAGGAAAGGAGCAAUGCAUGGAGAUUUGACAUUCCAAGAUAUGUACAACAACAUGGAGCUGCUUGAGGACGAAGAUGAUGAUAGUGAUUGGGAGCCGGUUGCGGAACCAGUAGAGAUGAUUAGUUGGUUCUGCACCAACUGCACGAUGGUGAAUCUUGGUGAUAUCGCCCACUGUGAUUUAUGCGGAGAACAUAAAACUUCUGGUAUCCUGAAGCAUGGGUUUCUGGCAUCUUCAAAGUUCCCCCAGGAAGACAGUCAUAUUGAUGGGAAAAUAGAAGCGAAUGGCAACGUAAUUGGAUUCCAACAGUCAGCCUUAAGCAGUCCCACAGCAGUUGGUUUUGAUGAGAGGAUGCUGUUGCAUUCAGAGAUCGAGAUGAAGUCACAUCCACAUCCGGAAAGGCCAGAUCGCCUUCGAGCCAUUGCUGCUAGCCUUGCAACGGCCGGUAUAUUUCCUGGAAGAUGCCAGGCUAUUGCUGCCAGAGAGAUUACUCGGGAAGAACUUGAGAGGGUGCACUCUGUGGAGCACAUUCAAACUGUAGAUUUUACUGCCAAUAUCUUCUCCAGUUAUUUCACACCUGACACUUACGCGAAUGAGCAUUCGGCUCGCGCUGCUAGACUUGCAGCAGGUUUGUGUGCUGAUCUUGCUUCAGCAAUAUUUUCUGGACGUGCAAAAAAUGGUUUUGCUCUGGUUAGGCCUCCGGGUCAUCAUGCGGGUGUGAAGCAGGCAAUGGGAUUCUGCCUUCACAAUAAUGCAGCAGUUGCAGCACUGGCUGCACAGGUUGCUGGUGCCAAGAGGGUUCUAAUAGUUGACUGGGAUGUCCACCAUGGAAAUGGAACACAAGAAAUUUUCGAUGACAACAAAUCGGUACUAUAUGUAUCCUUGCAUAGACAUGAGGAUGGCAAAUUUUACCCUGGUACAGGAGCUGCUAGUGAGGUUGGUUCAAAGGGCGCAGAAGGAUAUUGUGUGAACAUUCCAUGGAGUUGUGGUGGAGUAGGCGAUAACGAUUAUAUUCUUGCAUUUCAGCAUGUCGUGCUACCUAUAGCCACCGAGUUUGCUCCUGACUUCACCAUCAUAUCAGCAGGGUUUGAUGCAGCAAGGGGUGAUCCACUCGGACACUGUGAUGUAACUCCUGUGGGCUAUGCACAAAUGACAGAUAUGUUGUCUAAUAUCUCCGGUGGCAAGUUACUUGUUAUUCUUGAGGGCGGGUUCGUUACUCUGACAUCUUCUGUUUUCUUCCAAGUUAUUUUUCAUGAAAACUCACUGCACUAUAUCUACUGCAGCUACAAUCUUAGGUCUAUUUCAUCUUCUGCUACUGCAGUCAUCAAGGUAUUGUUGGGUGAAAAUCCUUCAGCCGAAGUGGCAGACAUUGCACCCUCCAGAGCUGGCCUGCAAACCGUGAUGGAAGUUCUGAAGAUCCAAAAGGACUUCUGGCCUGGUGUUGGUGCAAGCUUAACACAACUGCAGUCUCUAUGGGAAGGAUUCAGCUAUGAUGAUAAAGCAGCAGAGAAGGGGCACAAAAUGAGGCGCAGAGCAGAAGCUCCGGUAUGGUGGAAAUGGGGAAGAAAGCGGCUAUUGUACCACCAUUUCAUCACCAGGCAUCUUCGAGCAAAACGAAAGAGGGAGCAGAAGUGAAGUAAAAGGAGGCGUGCUCGUUUUAUGAUGUUGAAGACAUGUAGUGUAGGGUGAUUUUGUGAAUCCCUGAUCAGUAACCAAACUAACCUAGGGUUGUAGUUACUCUCCGUGAUUCUGUGCUAGAGAAACUGCUAGAGAAACAGGAUGCUGUGCUUCCUGGGAGAGAAGCUGUGCAGUUCUUUAGUUCUGGCCAGACAGCGUGCCAGCACGUGCCGGGUGGCAGUUCUUAGUUUAUGCCCGAUCUUAUUUUGUUGUUGCAGGAAACUCUCCUUGCUCUUAAAUAGAGUAGGAAACCAGGCCCUUUUGACUAUUUGGGGGUAACGUGCAAACUUUACUAUUGUCUCUGAGUCUGAAGGGUAUCCCUUGCCCACACUUAAAAUCACGAUGUUGCC